AUGAUGGCCGACUUGACCGACGACGUCUUUAACCUCCGCUCCGAGUUACUGCCGUUCCUGGUCUUGUCGCUGCAGCUUGUGGUCAGCUACGUGGCGCGGCUCGCUCUUACGGUCAUCGACAGCGCAUUCCUCGGCCACGUCGGCACGAACGAGCUCGCGGGUGCGUCCCUUGCGACGCUCUGGAUCGAGUUUCCGCUCAACACUGUCAGUGGCAUGGCCUCGGCCCUUAUUGCGCUCUGCGGCCAAGCGUUCGGCGCCAAGAACUACCUCCUCAUGGGCAUCUGGCUGCAAAUGGCGCUCAUCUUGAUCACCGUCUUGGCCGUGCCGACGAUGGUGUGGUACUUCUUCCUCGGCGGUAUUCUGCACCAUACGACCGACGAUUCCGCUGUCAUCGCCUUUGGCGCGCGGUUCGCCGAGUUCUUGUCGCCGAGUAUUUGGCCGCUCCUCGCGUACGUCUGUCUGCGUCAGUACCUCCAAGCCAUGGGCGUCGUCAUGCCCACCACCAUCAACGGCAUCGUCUGCAUCGGCGUCGACAUUGGCGCCAACUACCUCCUCAUCUACACGGCGGGCCUUGGCUUUGAUGGGUCGCCACUGGCUACUGUCAUUGCUGCGUGGUUCCAGCCGAUUGCGCUCUUCCUCUAUGCAUUCGUCUACAAGAAGCACCACAAGGACGCGUGGGGCGGCUGGAAACUCUCGGAGCUGACGUGGUCUCGCUGGAAGACGUUCUUCCGCAUGGCGCUGCCCCUCGGCCUCAACGAAGGCUGCGAGUUUCUCGCGGCUGCAGCGCUUUCGUUUGUCGUCGCCAAGAUGGGCGCCAACGUCCUUGCUACCCACGCGAUCUUGAGCAGCAUUUACACGCUGGUCAACGCCAUUUUUGUCGGUGUCGGGUUGGCUGCUGCGGUCGGACUCGCUGAGCACCUCGGUGGUAGUCGUCCGCGCGCCGCCCGUGCCCGCUUCUACCUCGGGUUUGCAACGCUCGUCUGCGUCGCUGUCAUUGUCGCAUGUAUCCUGUGGUUCGGUCGACGCAGUGUCGUCGGUGUCUUUACGACCGACGACCGAAUCGUCGUCCUCUUCUUGGACGUCCUUCCGCUGUAUCUUGCUGCUGCGAGUUUGCGGUCGCUCGAUAUGGGCCUCGUCACGUCCUUUAUGGGCAUGGGCCAAAUGGGGUUUGUGUCGAUCGCGACGGCUGUCGCUCUCUGGGGCGUCCAGCUCCCACUGGCCUACUACUUUGGUAUCGUGAAGGACCUUGGGCUUCUGGGCGUGUGGACAGCGGCGACAAUCGCAGCGGCCGUCAAGGUGACCAUCAUGAGCGUCCGCUUCCUCUGCAUCGACUGGCAGAAGAUGGUUCAUGACGCCAUGGCGGGGGCUGAGGCCGGCGACCAAAAGCUCUCGACUGCGACCGACGUCGACGAGGACAUUUCGUGGGAGUCGUCCGGGAGCUCUUCCAUCUACCUCAUAGCGUCGCCGCCAACCCACAACAAGGAGCGGGACGCAUGGCAUGUGACUUUCAUUUAG